AUGGAAGAGCUCGACAAGAACGCCACGCCGGUCUCUGGGCUGCCCCUCGCCUUCCACGGCACGGUAAUCCAUUCCCGAAGUCUGGAUGACUUCGAGAUCCUGGAGAAUUGCAUUAUGAUUGUGGGAACAGAUGGCAAGAUUCAGGCGUUACAAGGAAAUGUGGAAUUGGAUCAGAUCAACUCUAUUCUUUCAGAAAAUGGCCAUGUCCCCGACGUUUUCCCAGUGAAGUAUCUCAGGCGCGGGGAAUUUCUGUGUCCCGGCUUCGUUGAUACUCACAACCAUGCACCCCAGUGGGCACAGCGUGGCGUCGGAAGAGGGAUUUCCUUACUCGACUGGUUGAAUAAGGUCACUUUUGCCCACGAGGCCAAGUUCCAAGAUCCGGAAUAUGCCAAACGCAUGUACUCCUCUUGCGUGACGGGCUUCUUGCAGCAGGGAAUUACCACCGCCUCAUAUUACGGCUCACAUCAUGGGCAGGCAACUCGAAUCUUGGCGGAUGUCUGCUUUGACAAAGGACAGCGCGCUCUGGUGGGGAAGUGCAAUAUGAACCGGAAUGCCCCGGACUGGUAUCGGGAUCCGUCGGUGUCCGACUCAUUGCAAGAAACACGUGAACUCAUUCGUCAUAUUCAGAAACUUGAUCCGGAAUACCGCCUGGUGAAACCAAUACUGACGCCACGCUUUGCGAUAUCCUGUGAGCCGGAAUUACUGGAUGGGGUCGGUGCCAUCGCCCGUGAACAUCCCGAUCUUCCAAUACAAACGCAUUUCAAUGAAGCCAAGCAGGAAAUCGAGUUCACGCAUCAGCUCUUUCCAGAGUUUGAUACGGAAGCUGAUCUCUAUCAGCGAUAUGGUCUGUUGAAUAAUCGAUCGAUUCUUGCCCACUGUAUCUUUCUACAAGAAGGAGAGAUGUGUCGCAUCCAAGAACUUGGCUGUGGAGUUGCCCACUGCCCAAUCGCCAAUACCACCAUGGAAGAUUUUAUGGUCGCACCUGUGCGAGAGUAUUUGCGUCGCGGUAUCAAGGUGGGCCUGGGCACUGAUAGUGGUGGUGGCUACUCGUCGUCUAUAUUGGAUGCCAUGAAACAGGCCUUCAUUGUGUCGAAUGCGCAGCAGAAGUUGACCCAAGGACGAGAUCCUGCACUUUCGUUGCCCGAGGCCUUCUUUCUUGCCACUCUAGGUGGAGCGCAAGUGUGUGGUCUCGAUGACCGUGUCGGUAACUUUGCAGUUGGCAAAGAGUUUGAUGCGCUCGAAGUUCAUACCACGGAUCUUGGCCAACCAGGAGUGAUGAGCCCAGUUGAAGAUGAAGAUACUAUCCAGGUAAUAUUUGAGAAGUUUCUGAUGACUGGGGAUGACCGGAAUAUUGUGAAAGUCUAUGUGAGCGGACGUUCAGUGAAAGUUUGA